GAUGGCAUCAUAGGAGCGGGCCUGGCCGGCGAGCGGCGACAAAGAGUGGCGUAAUGGCCAUUUAGGGCCGUUGGAAGAGGAGGCAGCGGCUUUUCUCUGGGCGAGGAGGACGAGGAGGACGAGGGCGGAAGGGAGCCCCUUUGCCGCCAGGAUGCCUGAAGGGCUGAGGCGACUUCAGCUGCUUAGGUGGCGGCAGCGGCGGCAGCAGCAGCAGCGGCCGGGAUAACUUAUAACAGAAGUCAGAUGCCUUGUGUAUUGCUACAUGUUUACUCUUGCCUUGGUUGAUGACUGAAACACUCCUAUAAUGCAUCAGAAACUCUUGAAGAGUGCUCAUUACAUUGAGCUGGGAAGUUAUCAGUAUUGGCCUGUUCUCGUUCCUCGAGGAAUUCGUCUGUACACCUAUGAACAGAUUCCUGUGUUCCUUAAGGAUAAUCCUUACAUCACGGAUGGCUACAGAGCAUACCUGCCUUCCAGGCUGUGUUUAAAAAGUCUAUUCGUUUUGUCCAACGAGACAGUCAAUAUCUGGAGUCAUUUACUGGGCUUCUUUCUCUUCUUCACUUUGGGCAUAUAUGAUAUGACUUCUGUGUUGCCUUCGGCGAAUGCCUCUAGAGAAGAUUUUGUUAUUUGUUCUAUUUGUCUUUUCUGCUUUCAGGUCUGUAUGCUUUGCUCAGUAGGGUAUCAUCUUUUCUGUUGUCAUCGCUCAGAAAAGACCAGUCGAAGAUGGAUGGCAUUGGAUUAUGCAGGAAUUUCCAUUGGUAUCCUAGGCUGUUAUGUGUCAGGAGUUUUUUAUGCAUUUUACUGUAGUAAUUAUUGGCGUCAAGUAUACUUGAUCACUGUGCUUGCUAUGAUCUUGGCCGUAUUCUUUGCUCAGAUUCACCCCAGUUACCUUACUCAGCAAUGGCACAGGCUGCGUUCAGUCAUCUUCUGCUCUGUGUCGGGCUAUGGAAUCAUUCCUACCAUCCACUGGAUUUGGCUUAAUGGAGGUGUCACAGCAUCUAUUGUACAGGAAUUUGCUCCCCGUGUGAUUGUGAUGUACCUAAUAGCUAUCAUAGCAUUUCUCUUCUAUAUUUCUAAAGUCCCAGAAAGAUAUUUUCCAGGACAGUUAAACUACCUCGGCUCUAGCCACCAACUUUGGCACAUUCUUGCGGUGGUGAUGUUGUAUUGGUGGCACCAAUCUACCAUGUACAUCAUGCAGUACAGACACAGCAAACCUUGCCUAGACUAGAAUAGCGCGUCAAGAAUUUCAUCAUUGUACUGAAGUUCUGACAUUGAAUGUCUGCAUUUCGUGCUGAUUUCAGGAGCGACAGCCACAGCAGCAGUUCACUUUGAAUCCUCUUUCUUUUUGGAAUAGUAUUUUAAUAGGCAUUCCUGAGAUCACUGAUCUCUAUCAGCUGAAUAACUAUUUCUUCACUUAGGACAGUGAAAGAGCUGCAGAUAAUUGGGUAAAAUAAGUUACUUUUCUUUGAACAACUAAUAUAUAAAUUAUAAUAAGACUUGUAUGUGGAGACUACGCUAUGAUCAAGAAAAGUUCUCUAAAAUGCAUGCAUAUGAAGUUCUUGUGAAAAAUUUGCAUGCUGGGAUCUCACUUGAAAAUCCAUGUUGUCAACUGUACCUUUUUAAUGUGCUCUGUGUCUUUGCACUGAUGUUUCAUUUGAAAAACUUCAAAUAUAAUACAAAUUUUUAUUGGAUUUCCUUUUCCUUUCAAUAAAAGAGAGUCUGCCAUAGAUAAAUUUAUCUUCAAACAAAGAGUUGAACCUGUCAGUCAAUUUAGAAUUUAAAUUGUUUGUCUCUGAUCUUGGGAGCUUGCAGUCAAUGAGUCAAACGUGACGAGGGCCAAAGGUUUUAGACUUACUCCAAAUUACUGCAAGUAACACUCUCCAUAAACUUGACAUGCUUGCUGCUACUUGGACAAGUGGAAUUGUUCUGAGCCAUUUUUCAGGAUAGUACUUGCUUCGUGCCAAACAAAAUACCUGCUUGUGCCUUGACAGCACUUCCCUGCUGCCUUGGAAAUUUUGAAGAAAGAGGUAAAUUCAGUUAAUCCAGAAAAUAUUAAUACCUGGCUUGCAGCAUGGCCAUCUCAUGUUUUGAGAUUCCAGCAGCCACGUCUUCACAAUCUGGUGCUGAAAGGGGAUUUACAGAGAAGAAAUGAGGAGGAAAUUAAAUGCAACAAACAGUAAUAUCAGUUCUCCACCUCUGAAGUCAGUAGCUGCCCUAAGGACUAUUGGCAAAGUUAACAUGUGCCAAGAUCUGCUAUAUGAGCUGCAAGCAUGGCUAUAGAGAAGUCAUCAGAUACCUUUGGAAGAGACAAGUACAGCUUAUGGUUUAUCAUGAAUGCAACCAACUGUGCCAACAGAUUCCUCCCCAUGCCUUCCACUUAUUUAAUGCUCAUUGUGUUAUUUGCCUGAAACUGAAAGCUACAACUUUUUUCAGAUUUAUUCCUCUAGCCUGUGACAAUCAUUACAGCAAUCUGUAGGAUCUUUAAACUCUACAUCCACAGCUAAUUACAGGUGAUAGAUAUCAUGGUAUCACAGCUUUUGUUUUACUUCAUCUGUACAUUUUCAGCUAUGCAGGAAAGUCCUAAAAUGGUUUGGACUCAAGUAUAAAUGCAAUUUUACCAGGUUGCACUGUAUAUGUUAUGUAAAUAAUGCUUCAAUAAAUGGUUUGCCAAAACG